AUGUCAGGUAACCCAUUAAAGAUCGUAGAUGUGUCCAACAUAGACCAAGCCACUGGAGAUGAAAUCUUCAAAGCUGCUAAUACUCAAGGGUUUUUAUUUAUUGAAGGUCAUAAUUUUGAAGCUGAGGAAGUAGAAGAAUUAUUCAAGUUGAGUAAAGAAUUCUUUGAAUUACCUCUUGAUUACAAGAUGAAACACUUGAUCGACCAAACAAAUCACGGAUACACCAACUAUAAUGGAGAAAAUUUAGAUCCUAGCAUCCAAAAAAAGGGAGAUCCAAAAGAAGCUUUCAAUUUCGCUCAAUUGAAUUUGAUCAAUGGUGAUACUGUUAAAGAUUAUCCUACAUGGUUCACUGAAGAUCCAAAGAAAGAGAAAAUCAUUAGAAAUGCCAUCACAAAAUUGAACGAAUUAAACUUAAGAAUCUUGAAAUUGUUGGCCAUUGGAUUGAAAAUUGAAGAUGAUGAAGUUCAAGGAGAAAAUUGGUUUGAUGAUAAAUACAAGCCAGAUAAGCCAAGUGGUACCACUUUCAGAUUAUUACAUUAUCCUGGACAAAAGAAAGUCGAUCCAGAGUCAGUUAUUAGAGCUGGUGCUCAUACAGAUUAUGGAUCAAUAACAUUAUUAUUUCAACAAGAAGGUCAAGAAGGAUUAGAAAUCUAUUCUCCAGUAUCGAAAUCUUGGGAAGCUGUACCAUUUGUUGAAAAUAACGAAGCCAAAUUCCCUGGUAAAUCACCUCCUAUCAUUGUUAACAUAGCUGAUCAAUUGAGUUAUUGGACUGCAGGAUUAUUAAAGUCAACUAUUCAUAGAGUUAAGUUCCCUGCUAAAGUUCAAGCCACUGGUCAAGAUAGAUACUCCAUCGUUUAUUUCAGUCAUCCUAAUGAUGAUACCAAAUUAUUACCAGUUCCAAGUCCUUUAACCAAAGAUAUUAAAGGUAGAGGUGCUAACAAUGCUAAAGAAAUUAUCACUGCGAGACAACAUUUAGAUAAGAGAUUAGCUUCUACCUAUAAUUUUUACUAA